CGCAAGGUUGGUGGAAACUGGCCAAUUUCUCUGUGGAUAAGGGAAAGACGGAGAUGUUUGGGGAUUUCCCUUUUGAUCGCCGUAUACUUCCGAUCAUCUGAUUGCCGCCCGCUGAUUGGCUUUCCGCUUGAGCUUCAAUUUUACCCUCUUCGGCAUCCAGGAUUUCUCCUUCCGACCCAUUUUCUCCAAUCCGCCGCGCCCUUCCUCCGCCCUCACCCUCGACUUCUUCCCCAUCUCUCCCCGCUCUUCUCGCCUCCUCCUCCUCCUCCUCCUCCUUCUCCUCGAGCCUUUAUUCCUCCUCCCCUCCACACACACCAUGUCCAAGGCCACCAUUGCGGCCAUUGCCGCCGCCAGUGCGGCCACCGGCGCCGGCCUGACGGCUCUCCUCUACUCGUCCCCCAAACCUCAGCCUCAACAGCAGCAGCAGCAACAGAUCUCAAUUUCUCCACCUCCCUCCUCCACAGCCAAGCUCCCCGCCCCUCAACCCGCUGCUCCCUCUCUCGCUCCUAAACCCACCAGCCUCGCCCCCGUCGACCCAGCCGGCAUCUACCAAUAUGGCUUCCCCGGCCCCGUCGCCGACACACUCCUUUCCGCGCCCCUAGCCGGCGCGUACGACCGUCGCAUGCGCAACCCCUCCUGGGUCGCCGAACACAUCACCCCUCAAUCCCUCGCCCAGAAGAACGCCGACCGCAAGAGCAGCACCUUCUACGAAGACACCACCAUCCCGCCGCUCUUCCGCGCCAAACUGGCCGACUACUUCCGCUCGGGCUACGAUCGCGGCCACCAGGUCCCCGCCGCCGACGCCAAAUGGUCCCAGGGCGCCAUGGACGCCACGUUCGCGUUGACCAACAUGUGUCCCCAGGUCGGAGAGGGCUUCAACCGCGACUACUGGGCGCACUUUGAGGAAUUCUGCCGCGACUUGGCCAAGAAGUAUCCCUCCGUUCGCGUCGUCACUGGUCCUCUGUACCUGCCUUCCCGUGAUCAGGAUGGCAAGUGGCGCGUCUCGUACGAGGUUAUCGGUAACCCGCCUAACGUUGCCGUCCCGACCCACUUCUAUAAGGUGAUCUAUGCGGAGGAGAGCCCGGCCACGGCUGGAAAGGUCGCGCUGGGCGCGUUCGUGCUGCCCAAUGCUCGUAUCUCGAAUGAUAAGCGGUUGGCUGAGUUUGAGGUGCCGUUGGAGGCGGUCGAGCGGGCGAGCGGUUUGGAGUUCGCGGGCAAGCUGGAUGCUGGUCGUCGUAAGCGUCUGUGCCAGGAGGUCAAGUGCGAUGUUGUUGUCCGCGAGUUCAACAAUGCCAACAAGCGGUCUUAGGCGUGGUAUAGUGUAGAUUGGUGCCUGGAUUGCUGUGAACACAGCGAGGACGGCGUUUCGCCGGGCCGGGGAACCUAUGAUUAUUGUACUCUAGACUAUUAUUAUUCCCUCGUCGGCAUUGGAUAUUAUUUCGGCUACACCACUGUAUAGCUUAAUACGGCAUUCAUAUCAAAUUGAA